GGCUGGGAUUUGUUUCGUCAGUGAGAGGGGCAGAGCGAUUAGAGUGAAGAGCUGGGAGAUCUUGCAGCCGAUGUGUUUGUCAGAAAGGCGCUGUCGGUGAGACUCAGCAGUUUACGAAGAAGGCAUACCUCGGAGUUGGUUGGUGAUGAAUGAAGCCGGUGAAACAGAGGGGCCCUAUGACUAUGAUCUGAUUGUGAUUGGAGGAGGCUCUGGAGGCCUUUCAGCUUCAAAGGAAGCUGCCAAAUAUGGGAAGAAAGUUUUGGUCUUGGAUUAUGUUACUCCCACACCUCUUGGGACCACAUGGGGUCUUGGGGGGACAUGUGUCAAUGUGGGUUGUAUCCCAAAGAAGUUGAUGCAUCAAGCUGCAAUUCUACACCAGAACAUAGAGGACGCCAGGACAUUUGGCUGGACGUUUGAUGAAAAAGUUCACCAUAACUGGACAACAAUGAGAAAUGCUAUUAAAGAUUACAUAGGCUCCUUGAAUUGGGGCUACAGAGUUUCUUUGAAAGACAAUGGUGUUACCUAUGUGAAUGCUUAUGGAGAAUUUGUCAGCCCUCACAAGAUUAAGGCAACAAAUAAAAAGGGGAAGGAGACCUUUUACACAGCAGAAACAUUCAUUGUAGCCACUGGAGAGAGGCCUCGGUACCUAGGAGUACCUGGUGAUAAGGAGUACUGUAUCACAAGUGACGAUCUCUUCUCACUGCCUUACUGUCCUGGGAAGACUUUGGUAAUUGGAGCGUCCUAUGUUGCGUUGGAGUGUGCGGGGUUUCUUGCUGGAAUUGGGCUGGAUGUGACUGUGAUGGUUCGUUCCAUCCUGCUGCGGGGAUUUGACCAGCAAAUGGCAGAAAUGGUUGGAGACUACAUGGAGACCCAUGGGGUGACGAUCAUUCGGCAGUUUGUACCAACUAAGAUAGAGCAAAUUGAAGCUGGAACUCCAGGGAAGUUGAAAGUAACAGCUCAAGCCACAGAUGGCACAGACCAAAUGACAGAGGAAUAUAACACAGUAUUACUGGCAAUCGGGAGGGAUGCCAGCACUAAAAACAUUGGCUUGGAGAAAGUGGGAGUAAAGGUCAUUGAAAAGACUGGUAAGAUUCCUGUUGAUGAACUAGAACGAACGAAUGUGCCCCAUGUUUAUGCCAUUGGUGACAUUUUGGAGGGAAAGUUGCAGCUCACACCAGUGGCUAUUCAGGCUGGCCGCUUACUUGCCAGCAGGUUAUAUGGAGGAUCCACCAUCCAGUGUGACUAUGUGAAUGUACCCACCACUGUCUUCACCCCCUUGGAAUAUGGAGCCUGUGGUUUUGCAGAGGAGAAAGCUUUGGAAAUAUAUGGAACCGAGAAUUUGGAUGUCUAUCACAGUUACUUUUGGCCCCUGGAGUGGACGAUCCCAUCCAGAGAUAACAACAAAUGUUACGCCAAGAUUAUCUGCAACAAGCAAGAUAAUAAUCGGGUAAUAGGUUUCCAUGUAUUGGGUCCGAAUGCAGGAGAAAUCACUCAGGGAUUUGCAGCUGCAAUAAAAUGUGGAUUGACCAAGGAACAAUUGGACAGUACAAUAGGAAUUCACCCAGUCUGUGCAGAGGUAUUCACCACACUAUCUGUGACGAAGAUGUCUGGUGGUAAUAUCGAACAGUCUGGCUGCUGAGGUUAAACCCUGCUGUUGUCACUGUUUGCCAUAAUGGAUCGUUUUUUGUCUCCGCACUCAACACUCAGCCCAUCAGUCUGCGUGUUAAAGAUGCUGCAGCAGUGGGCUCUGCAUUGUGAGACAAUGUGAACGUCCGUUUGGCAACUAGUACAAUAGCGGGGUUAUUCCGAAUCCAAGCAAUAAGCUGCUGCUCUGUAGGAGCAUCAACCCUGAUGCUUUCAUGAAGUCCUGGCCUGGAACCAGUUUCGAAUGGAAGGCUGCGAUGGAAAACCUAUGAGCACAGUUUAGCAAUUCUUAGCUAACUCAGACAUAAAGGGCUUCCACCAUCACUGGAGAACUCUGGCAGACCAAAAUUAGAAACUAGAAGGGAAAAAAUUUAGUGCAUUUUCUGUACUUUCCUUUGUCUGGACACUGGUAUUUCCUUUUCUAUACAAUACUAUAGAUUUCACCGUCUUUUCACCUUGUGUUUAAAUGAAAUGUUUGUUUUAGACGACAUUUUGAUACUGAAGCUGAAUAUAUUUAUUGGUCUAAUGGGAGUGAAGUUUUGCCCUGAGUGAUUGAAUACUCAGGCCACUUCAGCCCCUGUUCAACCACUUCUUUUGGGCAGCAAGUGAAACCAGUUUUAAUUGGUUGUUUUUAAUUGCCCGCCACUAACUCCAUCACUAUCUUUUAGACUUUGGGCAUUAACUCAUUGAUUCCUAAAACAUAUCCUUCCUCAGACAUGUUGAACCUAGGAUGAGGCCUCCAAGAUGUUUGUUUACAGUAGAUCUUUAAUGUACUAGUCUGUUGUCCUUUUUCCUCUUCUACAAACAAAAUGGCUUUUGACACAUCACAAACUCUCUGCCUUCUGAAGGCAAAACAGUGGGCUGUGAAUUAGACAUGUAAAUGAUCAGUGUGAGUGGGUUGGAAUGUUUGUGUAAAGUCGUUUUUGUCCACCCCUUUCACUAAGUGAAACUGAAGUAAGUCUCCCUUGUUUUGCUUCAGAAUCCAGGCAGGUUUUGAAUUUGACUUUUAUCGUGUGAAGCUAAACUACUUUGUGCUGCUAGUGCAACCUUGAGUUUGUAACCUCAGGCUUAGAAUUACAACUUUGAGCCAAGAAACAGACAUUUGAGAUGCCAUUACAGCCUCUGGGCAUGUUCCCCCUCUGCUGGUGCAUCUGUCUGUGCACAAAUGCAGCCAUUAUUUAACUUUCAAGACUGUCUUCAAUGUAUUGGGAGGAACUCAAAUUAGCUAUUGCAAUCGUUGAUCCUAAAUCAUGUGAUCUUUUCCAUCCUCUUUGAUUUAUUGCACUCCACAUUUUGUAGUUUCAAGCACCACUACCCAGUCACUGAGCGCACAUCUGCAGUUCAUGUUGGCUGCAUGUAGACAGUACAGAUGGCACUUGUUUGCUUGAGGAACUUUGACCUCAGUGCCUACCUGCAAAUAUUUACAAGUUUACAAGAAUUUCUACACUUUAGGUGUUGACAGCUUAAUACUAUAUUUGGUACAAUACUUUCUGUGAUUAGAAAUGUGCAAGUAAAUUAUUUGAUUGUACUUCCUGUCAGAAGUAUUUUGUGGUCUCCUUUUAUCCAUGUUCAAAGUUGCAUCAUUCUGCAUCUGUCUCCAGUAACUUUAAACUGUCUACAUGGCAAAAUUAUGUCCCUGAUGUACUGUUAUUACAAAGUUGAAAUUUGUCUUGCAUAAUUAAAAACUUGAAACAAA